GUCAUAUGUAAAUUUGGCAGCCUCGUUUUGAAGUAACAUUCCAGCGACGAAAUUCGACCGCGAGAAAAGAUGUGUACUAACUGACAAGAACUGGGAUUUACCACGAAUUCACAGGAAACCUGACAACUUUUCAACAUGCAACUCAAGCAUAUGAAGAACCUGCUCCCUCCAACGGAGGGUGCUUCGAAGGUGAUGUGCCUGACCUGGUCCCCCAACAAUGCCAAACUGGCCGUGUGCACCGUGGACAGGGUUGUGCUUCUGUAUGAUGAGCAGGGAGAGAAGAGAGACAAGUUCUCAACCAAGCCUGCUGAUUCAAAGUUUGGCAAAAGAAGCUACAUGGUGAAGGCCAUGGCAUUUUCUCCUGACUCUGCCAAGAUUGCAGUGGGACAGACAGACAACAUCAUCUAUGUGUACAAGAUUGGGGAAGAAUGGGGAGAGAAGAAGGUUAUCUGCAACAAGUUUAUUCAAACUAGUGCUGUGACUUGCCUGAUCUGGCCUCCUGAUCAGAACAUCAUUUUUGGCCUUGCUGAUGGAAAGAUCCGUGUUGCUAACACCAAGAACAACAAGUCCUCUACCAUCUAUGGUACAGAUUCAUAUGUGGUGUCUCUGACAGCAAACACCUCUGGAAAGGGCAUCCUGUCUGGCCAUGCUGACGGCUCUAUUGUCCGCUACUUCUUUGAUGAUGAGGGAACUGGAGAUUCACAGGGAAAGAUCUGCACCCACGGGUGUCCUCCGUACGCCCUGGCCUGGGCUGCCAACAGCAUCAUGGUGGCGGGAUGCGACAAGCGCGUGAUCGUGUACGGGAAGGACGGGCGGUCCAUCCAGCAGUUUGACUACAGCCGUGAUGAUGAUGAGAAGGAGCUGACCACGGCUGUGUGCAGUCCCAGCGGACAGUCAGUGGUGGUUGGCAGCUAUGACAGGCUGCGAGUGUACAACUGGAGCCCCAGGAAGGGCCUGUGGGAUGAGGCUAAGCCAAAGGAGAUCCCAAACCUCUACACCAUCACUGCCCUGGCCUGGAAGAGGGAUGGGUCCAGGCUAACUGCUGGGACACUGUGUGGAGGAGUAGAGCUGUUUGACUGCUGUCUACGUAGGUCCAUCUAUAAGAACAAGUUUGAGAUGACAUAUGUUGGGCUAAGUCAGGUCAUUGUGAAGAACCUGUCAUCAGGCACCCGUGUAGUCCUGAAGUCUCACUAUGGAUAUGAAAUUGAGGAGGUCAAGAUCAUGGGUAAAGACCGGUUCCUGGUGGCUCACACCUCCGACACCAUCCUCCUGGGGGACCUGAAGACCAACAAGCUCAGCGAGGUGCCCUGGCAGAACACCGGCGGGAACGAGAAGUUCUUCUUUGAGAACGAGACUGUGUGCAUGAUCUUCAACGCAGGGGAGCUGACGCUUGUGGAGUACGGAGCCAACGAGAUUCUGGGAUCUGUCCGUACUGAGUUCAUGAACCCACAUCUCAUCAGUGUUCGGCUGAAUGAGAGGUCCAUCCAGGGACAGGAGGAUAACAAGAAGAUGGCGUAUCUGAUGGACAUGAAGACUAUAGCCAUCAUGGACCUGAACAUGGGGUAUACCAUCUCCUCCAUCAGCCAUGACUCCAAGAUAGACUGGCUGGAACUCAAUGAGACAGGUCGCAAACUUCUCUUCAGGGACAAGAGGAUGAGGCUGCACAUUUAUGACCUGGAGUCUCAGGUGAAGACCACCAUGCUGAACUACUGCUCCUACGUGCAGUGGGUCCCCAACAGUGAUGUGGUGGUGGCUCAGAACAGGGGAAACCUCUGUGUUUGGUACAACAUUGAUGCACCAGAGAGGGUCACCAUGUUUCCCAUCAAGGGUGACAUUGUUGACUUGGAGCGUAAUGAAGGUAAGACAGAUGUGAUAGUGAAUGAAGGCGUCACCACCAUCUCUUACACACUGGACGAGGGACUGAUUGAGUUUGGGACAGCCAUCGAUGAUGCAGACUUUCCAAGAGCUGCAGCUUUCCUGGAGUCCCUUGAGAUGUCCUCUGAGACAGAAGCCAUGUGGAAGACCCUGAGUAAACUGUCCCUGGAGGCUCAGCAGCUGCACAUUGCAGAGCGCUGCUAUGCUGCCUUGGGAGAUGUAGCCAAAGCCAAGUACCUGCAGGAUGUCAACAAACUGGCUGAGAAGGCUGCAGAAGACAUGGGAGGUGAUGGUAUGGACCACUAUGUGGUGCGUGCUAAGCUGGCCAUGCUGGACAAACAGUUUGGUCAGGCAGAGGCCAUCUACCUGGAGCAGAAUGAGAUUGACAAGGCCAUGGAGAUGUACCAGGAGCUGCACAAGUGGGACGAGUCCAUCUCCGUGGCUGAGGCAAAGCACCACCCAGAGCUGGAGACCCUGCGCAGGAACUACUACCAGUGGCUCAUGGACACCAACCAGGAGGAGAAGGCUGGAGAGGUGAAGGAGAACGAAGGAGACUACAUCGCAGCCAUUAACCUGUACAUGAAGGCAGGGUUACCAGCCAAGGCAGCUCGGCUGGUCACCAGUCACGAGGAGCUGCUGUCCAACACUGACCUGGUGUCCAGGAUCGCCAGCGCUCUCAUCAAGGGAGAGUUCUAUGAGAGGGCUGGAGACAUGUUUGAACAGAUCCGGCAGAACCAGCGCGCCCUGGAGUGCUACCGUAAGGGCCACGCGUACCGGCGUGCCGUGGAGCUGGCGCGGUCGUCCUUCCCUAACGAGGUGGUGCGUCUGGAGGAGGAGUGGGGAGACUGGCUGGUCGCACAGAAACAACUGGACGCUGCCAUCAACCACUACAUCGAAGCUGGCUGCUCACUGAAGGCCAUAGACUCUGCCAUCCAGUCCCGCCAGUGGAACAAGGCUGUACAGAUAGUGGAACUGCAGGAUCCGUCUGUAGCAGCCAAGUACUACUACAAGAUAGGCCAGCACUAUGCCUCCAUACAGGAGCUAGAGACUGCAGAGCGGUUCUUUGUGAAGUCAGGCCACACUAAGGAAGCCAUUGAGAUGUACACAUCCUCUGGCAAGUGGGAGGCUGCACACAAGCUGGCCAUGACAUGUAUGAAGCCAGAGGAUGUGGCAGUGUUGUACAUCACACAGGCACAACAGCUGGAGUCUCAGGGUCGUUACAGGGAGGCAGAGAGGUUGUAUAUCACAGUGGAUGAGCCUGACCUGGCCAUCACUAUGUACAAGAAGCUGCGUCGCUAUGACGACAUGAUCCGGCUGGUCCGCAUGCAUCACAAGGACCUUCUACAGGACACACAUCUCCACCUGGCUAAGGAGCUCGAGAGUGAGGGUAACUUCCGGCAGGCUGAGCACCACUAUCUGGAGGCCAAAGACUGGAAGUCAGCCGUCAACAUGUACAGGACUAACGACAUGUGGGAUGAAGCAUAUAGGGUUGCCAAGUCUCAUGGCGGCCCAAAUGCUUCCAAACAAGUGGCGUACCUGUGGGCCAAGAGUCUGGGUGGAGACUCUGCAGUCAAGCUGCUCACCAAGUUUGGGCUGCUGGAGGCUGCAAUAGACUAUGCUGCUGAGAACUGUGCCUUUGACUUUGCCUUUGACCUUUCCCGGACUGCAAUGAAGAACAAAUUACCAGAAAUCCACCUGAAGCAUGCCAUGUAUCUGGAGGAUGAGGGCAAGUUCAAGGAGGCAGAGGCAGAGUUUGUCAGAGCAGGAAAACCCAAGGAGGCUGUGUUGAUGUAUGUACACAAUCAGGACUGGGAUGCAGCACAGAGGGUAGCUGAGGAACAUGACAAGGACAGUGUGUCAGACGUACUGGUUGGUCAAGCCAGGUAUGCAUUUGAGCAGAAGGAUUACCAAAAGGCAGAGACGUUCCUGUUGAGAGCUCAACGUCCAGAGCUGGCUGUUAAAUACUACAAGGAUGCCGGGAUGUGGUCGGACGCCCUGCGUGUGUGUAAGGAGUACAUCCCCCACAAGCUGCAGCAGCUGCAGGAUGAGUAUGACAGGGAGAUGCUCACCAAGGGCAGCCAGGGGGCCGACGCCCUCAUCGAGCAGGCCAAGGAGUGGGAGUCGUCAGGAGAGUAUGUCCGGGCGGUGGACUGUUAUGUCAAGGUCACAACCGUGCACACACAGGACCCUGCUGUGUUGGAGAAGUGCUGGAAAAAGGCUGCUGAGCUAGCCAUGAAGUUCCUGAGUGCAGAGAAAGCAGUGAAAGUUGUUGAGUUGGUGGGCCCUCGUCUGGUGGAUAUAAAAAAAUACAACACGGCUGCUGAGCUGUAUCUGAGUCUGGAUAUGGUGAAGGAGGCCAUAGAUGCCUUCAUGGAUGGGGAGGAGUGGAACAAGGCUAAGAGGGUGGCAAAAGAACUUGAGCCAAGGUAUGAGCAGUAUGUUGAUGACAAGUACAAGGAGUAUCUGAAAAACCAAGGCAAGGUGGAGUCGCUUGUUGGAGUGGAUGUGAUUGCAGCCCUGGACAUGUAUGUGGAUAGAGGACAGUGGGAGAAGUGCAUUGAGACUGCAGAGGGACAGGGCUACAAGGUGCUGCACAAGUAUGUGGCUCUGUAUGCUACACAUCUCAUCAAGGAAGGGCAGACAGACAAGGCUCUGGACCUGUACGUCAAACAUGGUGCACCAGCAAACCCUGCGAACUUUAAUAUCUACAAGCGUGUCGUGCUAGAGAUCCUGUCCAUGCCUGACCUGGACCGUGCUGACUCCUACCGUAUGUGGGCUGACCUCAGGGACCUGCUGAUGGACCUGUGUGAAAACAUGUCCAAGUCAUCAGAAGCCAGCAGCCCAGCCCAUGAGGAGUUUGAACAGAUGUUACAGAUCGCACACUACUACGCUGUCAGGUCUGCAUGCAUGGGACAGAAGGGCAUGGAACACAUUGUUGCCAGACUGUCUGUGUCCUUGCUGAGACACUCUGACAUCAUACCUGCUGACAAGGCCUUCUACGAGGCUGGUGUCCACUGUAAGUCCAUGGGCUGGGAGAACAUGGCAUUUGUGUUCCUGAACAGAUACCUGGAUCUCAGUGAAGCUAUAGAGGAGGGUUCCCUGGACAUGUUGGACAACAGUGAUUUCCAGGAUACUGACAUCCCCUUUGAGAUCUCCUUACCAGAAAAACAGCACCUUCCUGAUGACAAGCGUGAGGAGGUGAAGGAGUGGGUGUUAGCUGUGUCCAUGGACCAGCGGGUGGAACAGAUCCUCCCCAUGGACGAGCGUGACACCUACGAGGCCUCGCUGGUCGCCAUCAACACUGGCAUCAGGUCGCUACCUUGUGUCGUCACAGGGUACCCUGUGCUACGUAACAAGGUGGAGUUCAAACGUCCAGGCAAGGCUGCCAACAAGGAUGACUGGAACAAAUUCCUCAUGACAACCAAGAUGAGCCACAGUACAGAGUGCCAGGAUGUGCUCAAGUUUGUUGGCAACUGGUGCGGGGCCACACCCAGCCCCAACUUCUCAUUCCAGUAAAGUACAUUCCAUGUAGAAUAGGGCAGCAUUAGCGCAUUUACCAUCUGAAAGAAUACAAUCACAUACAUGUAACUCAUGAUGUGUGUUACAUUGAAAGCAGAACAGAAUGGGUUACUGUAGAGCUUUUGCAUGUUUUGCUACACCGCUUUUCAACGAAAUAAUCCGUGUAAACUUGAAUUAAUCAGUCCGUCCAGACUAGCCUGAAUGGCAUUAGUUAGCCUCAUACAGCUACAAUGUACUGUUGAGAGCAACACAAGAGGAAAAUAGAGAAGGAGUAUCAAUGAAUUGGAAGAUAUUCCUGUAUUGUACAUUUACUGUUUUAAAGAGUAAUGGCAUGGGUGAUGUACAUGAUAGAGGUUUAUAAGAUUUGUAUUCUGAUACACAGUUGAGUGUGCUUAUUAAAAAGACUAAUUAAAAGGAAAUGUUGGUCAGACACACCUAUAAAAUAGCUGUGUUCCAGUGGUUAUAAUCAUAUGUUCAGACCAUUUAAGCAUGUUGACAAAGCACUGAAUUUGAAAGUUUUAUUUUUUGCAAAUGCAUAUGAACUGAUAUUCCAGAAGCAUGUUAUUUCAAUGAAUGACACCCCUAGUUUCUGUGAAAUGUAGUUUGUGUGUUGUAGUUGUCACAAGAGAUAUCAGGGACUGUGUACAAAGUAAUGAUUUCUGGGGUGUAUCAAUCUGAACUCAAAGUGUACCAGUACUUAGUACAUACUGUACUGAAAUGCAUGGUGUUUGUGAACAGAAGUAAAUUAAAUGUGUGGUGAAA